AUGCUUCCUGGCGAGGACACGUUCGGCCAGGGGACCGAGGCGUAUCCCGGCGUCAACGCCCACAUCCACCAGUACCUGUUCUGUCUGCGGCCGGACCCUAACAUUGACGGGGUCGAGAACACGGUGUUUCAAGUCGACGCCCGUCCUGCCGCCGAUGCUGUCGGCACUCCGGGGAACUGCUACGGAAACGGAUUCUAUGCAGACAAGACUAUGCUUGCUACUGCCGGUACGUCCAUCUCGGACUCUGACGCCUUGAAGAGCCGGACCUGGGACGUUGCCAACACGAACAAACGCAACUCGUACUCGCACAAGUCGGUUUCUUAUAAGCUGGUCAGCCGCGGGGCGCCUCCUCUCCUGCCAAAGGCUAAUCGUCUCGCGUGGAAAAGAGCCGACUUUGCUCGCCCCACAAUACACGUCACAAAAUAUCAUGAUGAUCGGACCCACCCUGCCGAUCGCCACGUCCCCCAAUCGUCCGGGGUACCCUCUGAAGGCCUUCCCGCCUGGAUUGCCGCUGACCCCGACCCCCAGAAGACGACUUCCCCGUAUGCCGGCGGAGCCCAUGUCGCUGCUCCUGCGACCUAG